CCGAGAUAUAUUAACCAUUAAAUUUGUUUUCACUACAAAAAUCUAAAUUUAAAAGUACUUUCUAAACUUCACAAUGAUUGAAGCAUUCACAAAAAGGCCAACGUCUCUGUCGUCACCAUCAUUAACACUAUUGCUGUAAACCUAAUCAGCAACCUCAUCUUUUGGAGAAUAAUUAAGAAAAUAUCAACCACUGACCUGCCUCACAUAUUCAAUUCUCCACUAGGGCAAAAGGAAAAAAAGCCAAAUAACUUUCCCGCGCCAUGGGAGAAUGGCUUCCAGCUCCCUCUGACGGGAACUACUGCUUGUGAUCUCAUCUUGAUCCCUCUGUUCGCAUUUUUCGCAUGAAUUCUCGGUUGCUUCUUUCUUCCUCGAUUUGCCGACAAGCCAUCUUCGGCUCCGGCAGAUUACAAGGUCUUCACAACGCCGAUUGAUUUUUCUCAGAUAAUUACUAUUCCUCCCAUUCAAGCAAUGGACCUCAAAAAUCAACAACAGUCAAUUUUCCUAAGCAUGCCAGCCACACCUAAAGCUCAAAAUCCAGAGCAACCUAUGCUGAACUUGCAAGCAGAGCUCUCAGCAACGACGACAGAUGAGCACAAAUUUCCAAGCAAAAGGGAACUGAGAGAGAACUGCUAUGAAUCUUUCAAAACAAAAACCCUCAGUUUCGAUGACAAAUUCUCAAAACAACUUGGAAGAUCUCAGGAGAUACAAGACAUCUCUGCAUCAGAUGCUGAAGAUCCGGAGCAAUUGCCUACAGCUGAACGAUAUUUUUCCGCCCUUGAGGGACCUGAACUAGAGAGUCUCAAGCCAACAGAGAAGCUGAUUCUUCCUCAAGAUGAGAAAUGGCCUUUCCUUCUUCGCUACACCAUAUCUUCAUUUGGCUUCCCAGUUGGCAUUGGAAUCCAGGCUUUCCUCUGAAAGACAAUGGCUACAUCUCCUUCCAUGCACUUUCUUCAUGUACGCCUCAUCAUCAGCUACGUACUCUGGAGCAUCUCACUUCCUCUGUUAAUCUUGGUGGCCUUCUUAUACCUUCUAAAGAUGAUAUUUUUCUUCGAAGCUGUCAAAAGAGAGUUCCUUCAUCCUAUCAGAGUCAAUUUCUUCUUCACCCCAUGGAUAGGCUUCAUAUUAUUACUAGUCAGCGCUCCUCCAUCCAUUGAAAAGAACUUGCCUUCAGCUCUAUGGUAUGUACUAAUGGCUCCAAUACUCUGCCUAGAGCUCAAAAUUUUUGGGCAAUGGAUGUUGGGAGGCGAACGGAGGCUUUCAAAGGUGGCGAACGCGACCACUCAUCUUCCCAUUGCUGGAAACUUUGCAGUUUCGUUGCUUGGUUCAGCCAUGGGGAUAAAAGAAGGACCUGUUUUCUUCUUUGCUGUUGGUCUGGCGCAUUACAUUGUCCUGUUUGUAACGCUUUAUCAGAGGCUUCCGACUAAUGAGACUUUGCCGAAGGAUCUUCAUCCUGUUUUCUUCUUAUUUGUAGCAGCGCCGAGUCUGGCUAGCGUGUCGUGGAGCAGGAUCAUUGGAAGAUUUGAUCUUUUGGCGAGGAUGGCUUACUUCUUCUCUAUGUUCAUUUAUGCCUCUCUGGUAUGUGUUGUCUCGUAA